AUUCCUGGUUCCGGUUCCACCAUACGAUUUUUGUUGUUGUUUGUCGGUGGAUUUCUGGGACCAAAGAAGUGUACAUUUGCUUAUUUUUCCAUUGUCAAUUAGAAGAAUUUCAGUUUAGCAGAAUGCUAACGGUAGAACAUGCCGCUGCCACCGUCCGUUUCUCCGCUGUGAACUUCGACGCCACCUCCCGCCGUUUAUCUCAUUCCGUCAGCUUCUUCAUACCUCGGGAUAAAUUUGGAAGAUUGGCGGACAAUUGUGCUGGUGGUGGAAGAAGAACGUGCAAGGACAAAAAUGGAGGAAUUAAAGCAACUGCAAAGGAUCAUUUUAGCUCCGGUUCGGAGCCAGUAAAACAGAGUACAUCAUAUCAUCCGUCUGAGGACAUUGGGGAGUUGGAACUAAUGGAGAAUGAGGAUGCUCAACUCAAGCCAGCUGAAUGUUCUAGGACAAUUAUUGAGGUAAAUAGCAAAGCGACACUCAUGUUUUCAAGUGCAGUCAGUGAUGUAAUGCAUGCGAACAUUUUCUGGCCAGAUUUGCCUUAUACAACUGAUGAACUCGGAAAUGUCUACUUUCAAGUAAAGAACGACGAAGAUGUUCUGAAAAAUCCAACAGAAGAAGAAACUGUUGUGCAAGUAAUUAUUGGCUUAGAUACAUCCGAAAUGAUGAGUGAGAUGAAGUCAUCAGGUCAAUCUGAAACUGAUUACCACAUAGAUGAAUUUGAUGACGAGGGUGUCGAUAUAGAUGAUUUAGAGGACAUUGAUGAAGACGACGAUGAUGAUGAUAAUGAGGAUGAUGAUGAUAAUGAUGAUGAAUCGGAUUGGGUUUCCAUUCUUGAUGAUGAAGAAGAUCAGAAUGGGGAUCCUGACUUGGGGGAUUGGGCUACGUUAGAGACAAUGCGUUCCUCUCAUCCAAUAGACUUUGCCAAAGCAAUUACUGAGGUUGUGACAGAUGAUCCUAUAGAUUUUAUGGAUCAGCCUCCAGCAGGUCUUGUUAUCCAGGGCCUUCUAAGGCCAGCAUUCCCUGAAGAGCACGCUUCCAUUCCAAAGCAGAUAUCUGAACAUAAAUCAAAUGAUGCUGGUAUAGACCAAAUAGAAAAAGUUGCAGAAUAUAAGCAAAACUGUAGUGUUCAAGUCAAUGGCCACAAACAUGAAAGUGGAUCUUCGCAAGAUGGCCCAAGUUGUCCAGAGGAAUUGGAGAAGGACGAAACCCUUGGAAAUGGAACUUCAUUUUACAAGCUAGAGAUGAUUAAAAUUCAGUUAAUUUCUUCACAUGGGCAUCAAAUCUUAGUGGAGUUAGAUGAUUUUAGUCAAGCUAAACCUGAUGCAAUAGCGCAUUCAGCUGCCAACAUUAUAUCGCGGCUUAAAGCUGUAGGAGAAAACACCACACAGGCUCUCAGAUCUCUCUGUUGGAGAUGCAAGGGAAUUCAAGUGGAGGAAGUGGCUCUGAUUGGUGUAGACAGCCUUGGUUUUGACCUGAGAGUUUGCUCUGGAGCACAAGUUCAGACACUGCGGUUUUCCUUUAAAAAGCAGGCCUCCUCGGAGUAUAGUGCUGAAAGACAAUUAAAUGAUCUGCUGUAUCCAAGGUUCCACCCUAAGUUACAGAAGCAAGAAACUCACCAAGCUGAAUCAUGAAAAAUUUAGACUACAAAAAGUCUACAGUAUCUAUAGAUUUUGUUGUAGUUUUGGCUCAAAACUGUAUACAGAAUGUAAAGACUCUUUGUUCCAUCCCAUCAUAUUAUUUAUUCGGUGGAGGUCAUAACUAUCUCCCUUUACUGUUCUUGUGACCUCCAUAGUCCCAUUAUAAUGCAAUUUUGGUUAAUAUAUCUUUUGAAUAAAUUUCUGUCUGU